UAGUUAAAUAAAGAUGCACAUAAAAACAGCAGCGACUGGCAGAAUGAACAGAGUGAUGGUGGCAACUCUUGUGGCAGCUCUGCUGCUCUCUAUGACCUUGGAUUGCGUCAGCUCAAUGCCGUCGCCGAUGUUAUAUAAGCGAAAUCCUGACGAGAAAUUCGAAGCUGAUUUGGUGGCCGUCUCCUCGACCGUUAUACCGCUGACAGUGCUCGAGGUCAGUUAUGGCCUCGGUGGGAAGCCAAGCGACGAAUACAAGGCGUCUUAUCUUCGCAAGCUGCGUAAACAGGUGCAACAACGCUCGGAGGCGGCAAGUGGGCGUGGCACUGUGCUAACCACCGGUGAAAUCACCGCUGAGGAGCUGCUGACAGCGCCAAGUGAUGCAGAUACGCUCAUUACAGCUAAAUCUAAGCAGUUGGAAUCCGCCAAAGUCAAGGCGGUUUAGUGGAACUGGAACUGCAACUGGAACCGAAACUGGAACUGGAACUAUAGCUAGACUUGUAGCAGACCGAAACAAAUUUUGUGUUGGCGUUGCGUUGGAGUUGAGACUAUGAUAUCAUAGCUACAACAACAACCACAACCACAACAGGCUGUAUUUAGCUAAUAAAAUAACACAAAAAAAAACAUGCAAGAAAAAUUACUAUCGACUCGCCGAAGAUUUGAUGCCCUUGGAAUUAUUGAACAAAUUUCUUAAUUAAAAUAAUAAUUUUUUUUAGUCAUCUUAGUUUUUUGUCAGCAGUAAAUAGUUAUUUUAU